GAUGGCAUUUUUGCAAGAGGUAGGGUGGGAAGAGGUGUAAUCCAGGUAGCUGUUGGUGUCGGGGGUUUGUGAAAAAUGUCAGUGUCAAGUCGGUCAUCAUUAAUGGAGAUGGAGAGGUCCAGGAAGGGGAGGGAGGUGUCAGAGAUGGUUCAGGUAAAUUUAAGGUCAGGGUGGAAUGUGUUGGUGAAGUUGAUGAAUUCCUCAAUCUCCUCGAGGGAGCACGAGGUGGUGCCAAUGCAGUCAUCAAUGUAGCUGAGGAAGAGGUGGGGAGUGGUGCCGGUGUAAUUACGGAAGAUCAACUGUUCUACGUAGCAAAAAAGAGACAGGCAUAGCUGGGGCCCAUACGUGUGCCCAUGGCUACCCCUUUGGAUGGAGGAAGUGGGAGGAUUCAAAGGAGAAAUUGUUACAGAAACAGCGAUGGAGGAAUGUCUAUGGAUGUAGGCUGAACCUUUUCCUGAGUUUUCCCAGUUGGCCUCAUGGCAGCAGUUGGAGUUUUGAGCGCACUUCGCAGAUAUGCGGUCCCUGGUGGUUGGUACAAAUGGCAGGGUCUGUCUCUGACCGCAGGUCAAUGCAGGCAAGUGCAUAGCACUGGCUGUCUAUAUGGAAAGAAGAGCUUACUAACGAAAUUCCUCUCUAAAUCAAGGAAGAAGUUUUGGUACGAAAGCCCGACAUUGGGAUCGCAAUUGCUUUUUAAGCCCUCAAGUUUGGAGAAUGUGCUGAAACCUCAGCGCAAAUUGCAGAAAGAGCACAGUAUUCGAAUGAGAGCGCUCAACAAUAUUCUUUACAAAGCAAUCACGGAGUUGUUGGACAGUAAUGAAGUCAGCUCAGAGUUAUAUAACUAUAAAGUUGAGAUAUCUAAAGUAAUGCUGACUGUGGACUUUUCAGCAUGUCGAGCUUACUGGGUGGCAAGCGGUUCAGUGGAAAAAGAUGAUAGUAUUCAGCAACUCUUACAAAAAUGUUCUGCACGUGUAAGGCACCUUAUCAUUUCCCGGCAAGUCAUGGGUAACGUUCCUCCAGUGGUCUUCGUUAAAGAUCAACAGCAAUCGGCAAUAGCUGAGGUUGAAAGAUUAUUAGAAAUUGCUGAUUAUGGCUCUGAGAAAGAGACUGUGGACAUUGAGCAAGUUUGGAACCCAGAGCAUUUUAGACAUGGUCCUCCAGACUCCAGUGGGAAACCUGUUUCUCAAGAAUCUACUUCAGCUUCAUCUGAUCUGCCUCUGUCAUCUCCUGAAGUGGAUCAUUUUGGUAUUGACCAUGACUUGCUGAACAGAAAAAUAUUGGAAUACAAAAAGAACAUCAGUGAACGGUCAUCAGAAACCGAUAAUUUUAUAUUAUCGGCACAGCACCAGGAGCAACUGGAUCACCUUAAAAAAUUGAAGCGAAUAAAAAAGAAAAAGUCCAGGCAUAAAAUUGAUGACACACCUGAGAUGUACAUUUUAGAAAAGUACAAUAUGGACUCUGCAACAUCUGACACUUUCUCAGAUGAGGAAGAGCAGCUGAAAGAAAUAGAUGAAGAAAUGAAGGAACUUGAAGCAGAGGAAGAUAAUCCAAAAAGUGCAUUGAAAUUUCUUAAAGAUAUGUAAUUAUUGAAAUGUGUGUUUUGAGGCAUGGGUGUUCUCCCUCAACUUUUAUAUGUUUAAAAAAAGUAUGUAACUUGAGUUUCCUCUUUAUGAAAAGUUGAGUACUGUGAUUUUUCAUGUGGGAAUCAUUUUCUGGUUCAAUCUGAUUGUUUUGACAAUUUGUUUGGUAAUUAAUUAAUAAACAAUGAGUAAUGCAAUUGAUCAGUGACCUGUAUUGAGGUUAGACCUACAUUUGCUCCAAUAAGUGUAUGAAAGUCUUGUAUAAAAGCUGUCUAACUGGUCCCAAACCAGGAAAGAUAUUAUGCCAUUCAGUUUGUUUUAACUUUGUAAUAUUCCUCUUUCACCAGAAAAAGUCCAUGAGUUCAGCAUUAGUGGGGAGGUAUUGAGGUCUGUUAAGCAAAACCAAGAUUUUGUUAUCACUUAAUUUACCCAUACAACCACUUAGAAUUUCUUUGUCACGGAUAUUCUUUCGU